AUGUCGAGAAGCAUACUAAGCCGCUCAAUUGAUCAGUUACACAGCGUCGCCAAUCGCCUUUUGGCGCGCUGCACAGAAACCCAGGAGACUAACACAUGCGAAAAGCCCUUGUCUCAAACGCAUGUCCUCAUCGCGGUAGUCAUCUCUACAGCCUUACUACUCGGCGGAUCCGUGCUGUUGGUUCUGUUCUGGCUGCACCUGCGGCGGAGAAAACUCGACAAACUCGAAGAUGCAUCUGAUCCGUUCGAAUUGGCGGCGUACGGCAUAGAACCGCCUGUUGCGCAGAAGCAAAGGAGACGCGAUCGUUUACGGGCAAUCAUGGCGAGGUGA